UAAUCCAAACCAAACUUUCACUUCCUCUCUCUCAAAUUCAACCACUAUAUAGUAAUAGUAAGCUAUAGCCUAUAUAGAAAUUAUAGAUAUGGAUAUGACCUUAUAUCUACCAAAAUAUUCCAUAGGAGCUAGUAAUUCUAAUCCUCUAAACACAAGCAAUGAGAGCUUCAUCAGAAGCAAAUUCCCCACUACUAGUUCUCAAUCAUGGAGUACUAAGCCUACUUUUCUUCCAUUGUUGUCAUCGAAAAAAAGGAAAGAAUUGGCGAGAAACAAUGGUGGAUGGAGUAUUCAGGGCAUCGAUGACGGUUCAUGUGGCAUCGCGCCUUACAUGCCGCCUUCCCCUAUUGGUGUGGUUGAAGAAUUCCACAAACAUCUCAACAAGAGAGAUUUGAACAAGUUAGACGAACUUCUCACAAAUAAUUGCCACUACGAAGAUCUUCUUUUCUAUGUUCCCUUCGAGGGAAGAGAGGGUGUGAAGAGGUUUUUCGAUAGUGUGAUAGAUGCAAUGGGGCCAAACGGUAUUAUUGUGAUUGACAAAGUGGCAGAAGGCGAAGGAUCGACUGCAAGCGUAUUUUGUCAUAUAGAGUGGAAAGAGAAAGAGGUACCCUUCACAAGUAGCUGCAGAUUAUUUGAAUGUGUAGAGGUUGAAGGAAAGCUUCUCAUUAGGAAAAUAACUGGUUUGGAAGAAUUGCCACUAAAACCUGGCGAGUUUGUACUGAAAUUAUUAAAGGCAGUUACCACAUUUUUUGAUCUCUACCCGUUCGCAGCCGAAGCGAUACUGCAGAAGUCUAAUGAUCACUCUGACGGUCACGGAGGAAUUGAUAAGCUUUUAGAUUUUCUUCGGAAGAAACCAUCAACUUAAAAGAAAAAAAAAUUUAAUAAAAAUAAAAUCCUAUUAUAGAUUUUUCAUUUUCAUACGUAGGAGUACGUACUUGACUUAUUGUACUCAUACAAUGAUAUUUUGUAUUUGUAAUGUCUUUGUUACUCCAAGACUCUUUCUGUGAGCUUUGAACUAUGUUUAACUUGAUAAUCGAGUUAUUUGGUUAUAAACGUGCAUCUAGGUAUUAUUA